UAGACAAAAUGCGGUCUGUGAUAGAAGCCUUCAUUUUGCUGCUCGUCUAUCUCACAGCAGUUGAUGGACAGUGUUAUUACGGGUUGGAUAUGAAGUUCGGCUCCGACUACUAUUUACCAUCGCCCGAUUAUCCGUUCCCAUACCCGCCAGGUAUGCAGUGUUCCUACCGGGUCAGUGCCCCGUUUGGAUAUAGGAUUAAUUUUACCUGUGAGGAUUUUCAAAUUCCCGGUAGUGUCAACUGUAUGCUGGAUUCUCUAGCGAUGUCCUUAACCGGUCGAGAGGAUCUGAAGGAUGCAUACAUACUUUGCGGGGCCGGAGUUGUUCAACAGAAAUCCGUUACUAAUCGGUUGUUCCUAAAGCUACGCUCUGCUUAUAACAGCCGAGGGGGUAAAUUUCUCUGCCGAAUGUCGAUAAUUCCUCAGAGCUGUUCUUGUGGCAAAAAGAAAACUAUGCGAAUUGUUAACGGUGUUCAAACCAUGAUCAACGAGUUCCCCAUGAUGGCAGCAAUGGUCGACGUGAAGACUCGAACUGUGAUUUGUGGCGCUGUUAUAGUCGCUGAUUACUACGCUAUGACGGCAGCUCACUGCCUCGCGCAGCGGUCCGUAGACGAUACGGUUCUACUGGUGGGAGAUCAUAAUCUCACUAGCGGAGCGGAUACAAUGUACGCCCAGCCAUAUGUUCUGGCCCAAUUUCUGGCGCAUCCUGGUUUCACGAUGCUUCCGGUUGCGAAUGACAUCGCACUGCUUCGGACGGUGCAAAAAAUACGCUACAAUGCUGGCGUUGGUCCCGUUUGUCUUCCGUGGAAAUUUCGCGGCAACAACUUUGACGGUGCCAUCGUGGAAGCCUGCGGUUGGGGCGACUUGGAUUUCGGUGGACCACAGGCCAAAGUGCUGCACAAGGUGUCCCUCGAUGUUAUCAGCAAUCAACUUUGUUCGACACGGUUGAAUGGCACCAUCUCGUAUCAAAAAAUGUGCACCUACACACCGUCCAAGGAUGCCUGCCAGUCGGACUCUGGUGGGCCACUCUUCUACAUCGAACCGGGGAGCGGUUUGGUCUAUGAGGUUGGCAUCAUAAGCUACGGAUUUGCGUGUGCCACCAGUAAGCCGGGUGUUAACACCAGGGUCACCGAGUAUUUGGACUGGAUUAUUGCCAACAGUCCGGACACGUUCUACUGCUUCCAGUGAUGAUGACGAUUCAGUAUACCCACGGCAGGGUAGGACAUCUUUCCGUUUGAGAGACUGCCAUUUUAGGUGCGUGAUAAUCUUGUUUACGACGGCUGACAAUUUGUUGGUUUCAGCCAGGCAGUGAGCAGUGGAAUGAAAUGAAUGUUUUACGAACAUCGAAUUUUGACGUAGUUGGUGCAAUCUGCGAAAAACAACAUUUACAGAAUGGAUGUUUAAGUCAUGAGCAGAGUAAAUCGUUAGUUGGAAAAAGUGUUGAA